AGACUAAUCUUGAAAACAUGAUUCCUGCAGCUGUUGACACUGAGUGCUCUGUGUUUGUGCUGCCACAGAAAGAACUGGCUACGCUUGGUGAUGAAACGCAGGACGCGCUAAGGCCUGAAAUGUGCUUGCAGCUCGGGUCUGCUCGCCAUGAACAGGUAUACAACCAUCAGGCAGCUCGGUGACGGCACCUACGGCUCUGUCCUCCUGGGGAGAAGCAUCGAAUCCGGGGAGCUAAUUGCUAUUAAAAAAAUGAAGAGAAAGUUUUACUCCUGGGAGGAAUGCAUGAAUCUUCGAGAGGUUAAGUCUUUGAAGAAAUUAAACCAUGCCAAUGUGGUAAAACUGAAAGAGGUAAUCAGGGAAAAUGAUCAUCUUUAUUUUGUGUUUGAAUACAUGAAAGAAAACCUGUAUCAGUUAAUGAAAGAAAGAAACAAACUGUUUCCAGAAUCUACAGUUAGGAAUAUUAUGUAUCAGAUUCUGCAAGGACUUGCAUUUAUCCACAAGCAUGGGUUCUUUCACAGAGACUUGAAACCUGAAAACCUCCUUUGCAUGGGGCCAGAACUUGUGAAAAUAGCAGACUUUGGCUUAGCCCGAGAAAUCCGCUCUCGACCUCCUUACACUGAUUAUGUAUCCACAAGAUGGUAUAGGGCUCCUGAAGUCCUUCUGAGAUCCACCAGCUAUAGUUCUCCAAUAGAUAUCUGGGCUGUAGGUUGUAUAAUGGCAGAAGUUUACACACUGAGGCCUCUCUUCCCAGGUGCCAGUGAAAUUGAUACUAUAUUCAAGAUUUGCCAAGUCCUGGGGACUCCAAAGAAGAAUGACUGGCCUGAGGGCUACCAACUUGCAUCUUCCAUGAGUUUUCGCUGGCCUCAGUGUGUGCCUAACAACCUAAAAACCCUCAUACCCAAUGCUAGCAGUGAAGCAGUGCAGCUGAUGAGAGACAUGCUGCAGUGGGACCCCAAAAAGCGGCCAACAGCUAGUCAGGCACUGCGAUACCCAUACUUCCAAGUUGGACAUUCCCUAGGCAUUCAGGAACUGGGAAAACAGAAGGAACUGCAUGAUAAAUCAGCUCUGCAUCAUAUUAAGCCUGUGCCCCCAGCACAACCUCCUCCCAAACCCCACGCACGUGUCUCGUCAAGGCCAUUCCAGCAAAGCCAGCCAGCUCAGCAUGGGAUGUAUCCGUAUAAACCAGACCCGUCCGGAGCUGACCACAGCAGCCAGUUACGGGAGGACAAGUCUAACCAGGUGCUACUGCCUGCAAUUCACAAUAAGGUCCCUCUGCAGAAAGUAUCUGGUGGGGCUGAAAACAUAAACAGUGAACUCCAGCCCAAAGCUAGGCGAAGAUGGGGACAUCUUGCUAGAACAGUGAAGAGUUCUGAAGCCUGGGAUGACUUGGAAGAUCUUGAUUUCAGCUCUUCCCUCUCCAGAACUGACCUGAAAAACAAGAAGAGGCAGAGUGAUGAAACUCUUUGUAGAUUUGAGAGCAUUUUGGACCUGAAGCCUUCGGAUGCUGUAGGUUCUGGCAACACUGCAGCCUCGCAUGCUGCCUUUCCCAGGCAGGACACUCCCACCCUGCGAGUUUCUGCAGCAAAGCAGCACUACUUGAGACAUGCUAGGUACCUACCUGGAAUAAGCACAAGGAAUAGCAUAGUUUCCACUUCAAGCAAAGAGUCUGUUCCAUCUAAUCUCUGGCCUAGUUCUUGUUUGCCUGGGAAAGCGUCAGCUUUGGGAGGAAGUAUCAACAGGAUGAAUUCAGGGCCCAUAGGAUCAAAUGGUCUCACUGGUGGCUACAUCCCUUCGUUUCUGAAGAAGGAAGUAGGCUCUGCUGGGCAGAGGGUUCAGUUGGCACCAAUUGUGGAUCCAUCUUCUAAUUAUGCUUCUUUGAAGUCAGUAGGACCCCAUCUUGGACGACCAUCGUUUAAUUCGCCUUCGAGAAGCACGCCAAAGUUAAUGCCCCUUCCUCCACCCGCCCAGCCCAUCCAUGGCCGUAUUGACUGGUCUGCAAAGUACGGUGCUCACCGGUGA